AUGGAGGAUGAAAGGGACUGGGGUUCUAAGCCAUUUAGGUUUGUAAAUGCGUGGUGUUUGCACCCUUCCUUUGUUUCACUUGUAGAUAAAUCUUGGAAGGAGACUGUGGUACAUGGUUGGACUGGCUAUGUAUUACUCAAGAAAUUGAAAGCUUUGAAGCAGAUACUCAGAAUAUGGAAUAAGGAGGUGUAUAGAAAUGUGUCAUUUAAAUUGAAGGCAGCAGAGGAUGAGGUGCAUAACCUUGACCUAGAGGCUGAAACUAGAGAGCUUAAUUCGACUGAGAAAGUUAGAAGAAGGGCAGUUAGAGAGGAGGUUUGGAGGUUGAAUAGGAUGGUUGAAUGGAUGUGGUUACAAAACUCAAGGUUGAACUGGGCAUUGAAGGGUGAUAGGAAUACCAGAUUCUUCCAUGUGAUGGCUAGGAGCAGACAAAGCAAGAAUGAGUUAGUAUCCAUUACAGUAGGGGAUUCAGUGAUUGAGGAACCUAAUCAUGUGAGGAGGGAAGUAUAUGAUCACUUUAGGAAGCAUUAUGCAGAGGAGUGGGUGGUUAGGCCUAAGUUAGGUGGCAUAUUCAAAUCAAUUCAAAACAGUCCUCUGUUUAAAAUGCUUGAGGCAGAGUUUUCAGAGUUAGAGAUUAAGAUGAUGAAAGGGGAUGUGAUCAAUUUUAUGAAGGAUUUCCAUAAGAAUGGUAGAUUGGUGAAGGGAUUGAAUAACUCUUUUAUCACUCUUGUUCCUAAAAAGGAGAACCCUAUGGGACUUUAUGAUUUUAGGCCUAUUAUCCUUGUUGGUUCAGUGUAUAAAAUUUUAACCAAGGUAUUGUCAAAAUGGCUAAAAGCAGUGCCUCCUUAUGUUAUCAGUGAAACUCAAUCAGCUUUUCUUGGGGGCAGAAAUAUCCUUGAUGGUAUACUUAUUGCGAAUAAAGUGAUGGAUGGAUGGAAGAAGUCUAAGAAAAAGGGAGUAAUAAUUAAACUUGACUUUGAGAAGGCCUAUGAUUAG